AUGGAAAGGAGGGCUCGGAGCUCCUCCAGAGAGGCCCACGGGAGAAGCGGCAGGUCCCCCCACAAGGAGAACAAGAGGGCGAGGGCCGAGAGGGGCGGUGGAAGCCGUAGGCGCCGGGACGCGGGGCGCGAGCAGGCGGGGAGCCGGGGGGAGUCCCCCGCGCCCGCAGCCACCGUGGUGGACGUGGAUGAGGUCCGGGGCUCCGGUGAGGAGGGCACCGAGGUGGUGGCGCUGCUGGAGAGCGAGCGGCCCGAGGAAGGUACCAAGUCUUCAGGUUUAGGGGUCUGUGAAUGGCUCCUUGUCCUCACAUCCCUGCUCUUCAUCAUCGUGACCUUCCCUUUUUCCAUCUGGUUCUGCAUAAAGGUUGCACAGGAGUAUGAGAGAGUAUUAAUAUUCCGACUGGGACAUCUGCUUCCUGGAAGAGCCAAAGGCCCUGGCCUUUUCUUCUUUUUGCCCUGCCUGGAUACCUAUCACAAGGUUGACCUUCGUCUCCAAACUUUGGAGAUACCCUUUCAUGAGGUUGUGACCAAAGACAUGUUUAUAAUGGAGAUAGAUGCCAUCUGCUACUACCGAAUGGAAAAUGCCUCUCUCCUCCUAAACAGUCUUGCUCACGUGCCCAGAGCAGUUCAAUUUCUUGUGCAGACCACCAUGAAACGUCUCCUAGCACAUCGAUCCCUCACUGAAAUUCUUCUAGAGAGGAAGAGCAUUGCCCAAGAUAUAAAGGUGGCCUUGGAUGCAGUGACCUGUAUUUGGGGAAUCAAAGUGGAGAGAACAGAAAUCAAGGACGUCCGGCUGCCGGUGGGGCUCCAGCACUCCCUGGCUGUGGAGGCCGAAGCGCAGAGACAGGCCAAAGUGCGGGUAAUCGCUGCGGAAGGAGAGAGGGCUGCGUCGGAGUCCCUGAGACGGGCAGCGGAGAUCCUGGCCGGCACUCCGGCCGCUGUUCAGCUGCGGUACCUCCACACCCUCCAGUCCCUGUCCACGGACAAACCUUCCACCGUGGUUUUGCCUCUGCCAUUUGACUUGCUCAAUUUCCUGUCUUCGCCUAGUAGUAGAACUCAAGGAAGCCUCCCUUUCCCCAAUCCUUCCAAACCUGUCGAGCCCCCAAAUCCUAAAAAGAAAGACUCUCCCAUGCUAUAGAAGGAGCCAAGGGUAAGGUGCCUGGUAGGGGCCUGCCAGGUGACAGCCACAUCCCUGAGGGAGGCACACGGCCCUCACUUCCCACGCUUUCUUCGGUUGCCAUACGGAAUGCCCUGGGAACGCACAGUCACAGCUCAGCAAUCCGAAGCAAUUGUCUGUGAGGAGACAGUGAGGUGAUGUGAUGACAAGUUUAGAUAGAUCAUUUAAAUUAGACUGAUUAUGGGAAAGAGCUUUAGCCAACAUUCUACUUGGGAAAGAAUUUUGUGUCUAAAGGUGGCUAAAUUCUGACUUCCAAAGAUGUAGUUCAAGUGUCUUAUUUUUUUUUUUUUGCUGAAUGCCCCCUGGCCCCUUUGGCAAGGUCUGUGGUGCUCCCAUGGUCCUUUCUAUGUGUCCCUUUUAUUGUGGUCAUCACACGUAUUGUAAACCCGUAGUUAAGACGCAGUCUUCUCGCAAGCUGUACUAUGGCUUCCUCUUCUAAGGCACCUCUUGGUCAUUGCCCCUCACCUCCCCCCACCCCCAGCCCCACUCAACCUUAUAUGUUCACCCUAUGGUCUUCACAUCCAACCCCGAUAGGUGCACCACACUGACACUUAAAUGUUCCUGAGCGACUGAAAGAAAGCAAGUUGUACUUGGGCUGGAUAUAAAAUUUACAUCUCAUUAGAAGAAUUUUAAAGGAAUUCUUUUUAUGGAGACUUUAUCAUAGAGAAAUACGGGACGCCUGGGUGGCUCAGUUUGCUAAGUGGCUGCUUUCAGCUCAGGUCGUGAUCCCAGAGUCCUGGGAUCGAGUCCCACACCUGGCUCCUGGCUCAGCAGAGAGCUUGCUCCUCCCUCCCACUCUGCCUGCUGCUCUCCCUGCCUGUACUCUCCCUCUCUGUUAAAUGAAUAAAUAAAAACCUUUUUAAAAAUUCUUAAAAGAGAGAAAUAAAAGGACAAAAA